AUGUCUCGAACUCCAAACACGCCAGCGCGCACUUUUCAGAUUCGCUCUAAUGGGCUCUUCAAGAAAGGCAACACUCUGUUCAAUUUGCUACAUCCCAGGGUCAUGAUUCUCAUCCAGCCUGGCGAUGAUGUGAUUCCUGGAAGCGGAGAAUCGCUUGCAUAUGCUUCACAUCGAAGAGAAGAGUGGCCCGAGCUCUAUGAGUUUUUUGAGUCAGCAGGUGUAAGGCCUCGCAAAAUCCUCGGGCCUGAUGAUUUCGAUACUGUGGCCGCUCGGCAGUCUAGUACUCCGCGUGAUCGGGUUCGUAUUCCAGACCAGCAACGCGACACCCCCUUUCCAGAGAUGCCUCAUCAGCCGGAUUUCUUCCGCUUGGGCCCAGAGAGUCUAUCAGAGAGCCUGUCUUCUGAUUCCUGCCGAGAUAAUACAUGUUCAGAGGCAAGUCAUACAUUUCAGCCGGCUGCUUUGCUAGCACCAGGGGUAGAAAGUCAGGCUUCUGACUCACUUCGAGGAACGCCGGUCCCCGAUAUGAACGCCGGGCACUGUCCUGCACAGAACAGGGUGGCAACAGAGCAGGACUUUGAACAGUCUCUUCUUUCAUUGCUGGAUGACCCUUAUGACCAAAAGCUAGAGGCUCAAGUGAGGCCGGAAGCUUUGCAGCGAUCUGAGCAGUUGCCCAAACCUUCCGGACGUUCUGAUGACAGCCUGUGUUGGUCUCGCGAAGCCACACCACAGGCUAACAAUAAAAGGAGGACAGCCUCUGGGCCAGAUAGCAUGAGAAAGCGGCGGUCCAUGGCGGGUCCGGAUGAUCGAGACCGCCGCCGAAGAAUGAUGACUCGAUCACAGGGACAUUCCUUUUACUCCAAGUUAUCACAAUAG